GAUUCACAGCGAGUGUUUUCCGUGUUGUGCACUAUAAGACAUUGAGAAAGAUUGCGUAUUUUGUUAACUAUUAAUUGUUGCUUGUUAUUGCAUUUGGAAAAGGCGUUUUUUGCCUAGUGCAUACACAAAUUCCCAUCUCAAUAUGACUUCCAUAGACAUUCGCCCCGAGACGAAGAAACAGGUCGAUGACUUCUGCACUCAACUCACUAAAGAGGCAGAGACCCUGGUCACGUCAUUCUUCCCACAGAAGAUUGCAGAGAUGGAGAUACUGUUGAAGACAUCACUCAGCGUUGACGAGCUGGCAUCUCUGCGGGCCCCCCUCGACAUCCCAAUGCCAGACCCUGCUAAAGAAGAAGCAAAGAGAAAGAAGAAAGAGGAGAAAGAGGCCAAGGAAGGAAAGAAAGACAAGGACAGUGAUAAAGAGGAAGAUGCAGGGCCCCCCUGCGGUCCAAUCCCCUGCAACGAGAGGGUGGAAAGUCUUCUGAAGGAGAUCAAGCCUCAGAUCCAGAUACUGAAGGAGAAACUCAACACAGUCUCCAUGUGGGUUCAACUUAAGAUUCCCAAAAUUGAAGAUGGGAACAACUUUGGGGUGGCUGUCCAGGAAAAAGUGUUUGAAUUGUUGACCAACACUCGCACCAAGAUCGAGGGAUUCCAGACACAGAUCUCAAAGUACUACAGUGAGAGAGGGGAUGCUGUCGCCAAGGCCUCAAAACAGCCUCACGUGGGAGACUACAGGCAGCUGGUGCAUGAGCUGGACCAGUACCAGUUCUGCGAGCUGCGCAUUGUGGUUCUGGAGAUCCGCAACACUUACGCCGUGUUGUUUGACAUCAUUAACAAGAACUAUGACAAGAUCAAGAAGCCCAGAGGGGACUGCAAGGCCCUUAUCUACUAAUUACCUGACUGUACUCCAAAUACACUGAAGACCACAAUACAGAUACACACCGAUUCAUAGGUUAUGACACAAGUUGUGUAGAAUGUUAAGAUGCUGGGUGGGUAACUGAUUACACUUACACAGUGCAUUCAAACACAUUUUCAUCAGUGAUUAUAUGGUUCUGCUGUAUUAGUCAUUUGUUCAGAUUUAAAAAAUAAAGCAACAACAGUCAGUUGU